AUGUUCUCUCUCAUUCUUUCCUCUUUCCAGGUGUUUACACGUUAUGGGAAAUGUUACAUGUUUAACGCUGCCGAAGAGGGGAAGACUUUGAGGACUACAAUGAAAGGAGGCACAGGGAAUGGCCUGGAGAUCAUGCUGGACAUCCAGCAGGAUGAAUACCUGCCUGUGUGGGGAGAAACAGAAGAGACCGCAUUUGAGGCAGGAGUGAGGGUGCAGAUCCAUAGUCAGGCAGAGCCUCCCUUUGUACAUGAGCUGGGCUUCGGAGUCGCCCCAGGCUUUCAGACCUUCGUGGCUACCCAGGAGCAACGACUGACAUACCUUCCUCCUCCAUGGGGCGAGUGUGUGACCAGAGCCCUGGAUUCAGGCCUCUUUGAGGUGUACAGCGUGUCUGCCUGUCGCAUUGAGUGUGAGACACGCUACAUCAUUGAAAACUGCAACUGCAGAAUGGUCUACAUGCCAGGUGAUUCUCCGUACUGCACUCCUGAACAGUAUAAGGAUUGUGCUGAACCUGCUCUGGCUGCUCUGUCAGCUGUUGAAGGCACAAGCUGCAUCUGCAGGAGCCCCUGUAACAUGACUCGAUACAACAAAGAGCUUUCCAUGGUCAAGAUCCCCAGUAAAACCUCUGCUCGCUACCUGGAGAAGAAGUUCAACCGAUCAGAGAAGUACAUCACGGAUAAUAUCCUAGUUCUGGAUGUGUUCUUUGAGGCUCUGAAUUAUGAGACCAUAGAGCAGAAGAAAGCAUACGAGGUGGCGGGUCUACUAGGGGAUAUUGGUGGUCAGAUGGGUUUGUUUAUCGGUGCAAGUAUCCUGACCAUACUGGAGCUAUUUGAUUAUGCAUAUGAGGUAGUGAAGGAGAAACUGCUGGACCUGCUGAACCGAGAGGAGGAGGAAGAGAGUCAUGGAGAGGAUGUGAGUACCUGUGAUCCGGUGGUAAACCACUCCGAAUCGAUUAGCCACACGGUCAGCGUUCCCCUCCAGACCACCCUGGGCACCCUAGAGGAGAUUGCCUGCUGAGCACCGUAACCCCUCCACACCAACAGAGGGAGCCGGGCCACUCCACUCCAAUGGGUGAAGGACAAAGUAAACCGAGGGAAAAGUCUCUGUUGCUAUUUCUCAUCAUGUUAUCUUUUUGGCAGAAACAUGAGACCUAGAAGCCAAGGAGCUUCUCAAGGAACAUGAGGACCCCAAAGUUUCUCACAAACACCAUCUGUUUGUUCUGGACUCAUGAAGGAAAGCAGAAGCUUGUGAAACCUGUCUGGACAGUCCCUUGUAAAAAUAAGACAAACAUGAAAAACGAGCAUGUGAGGAACUGCAGAUGCGCACAGCCUCGGCAUGUUUUCGCGUCCUCUCUUUCUCCCUGUGCCCAGACGUCAUUUUGAAGUCUACUGCCAAAACACUGUAAAUUAUCAACGGAUAAAAUGUUGCGAAGCUGUUCUAACUGUGCAUGUGUCAGUUUCAUGUGUUACAAUAUAGUUUUCUCAAACUUUUCAUCCUCUUUCACGUGUGGAGACAGUUUUGUCUUCUUGUGCUGUGUUUCUACAUCUCACUUGGCUUCUUGAUGUAUCAGGGAUGCAUCAUAAAACUGAGAGACCAUUUCUUCUUUCCUUUUUUAUUUUUUUUACCCUUCAUAGAAAAGCCAAAUGGGUCACGGUACAAUGGCAGCCAUUAUGAGCCCAUUGUGGCAGUGAAUGGCUCUUCUACAUGCUUUCUGGAUCCCAUUUGAAAAAUGAAGAACAGGGAGUACAAAAAAAAGUGUUUUUGUCGCUUUCUGCAUAAGAAUAUAGUCAUGCAACUAGCGGUUUUCAUUUUGUUACAUGUGAGAGGUGUUAAUUUGUAAUUUAAAGCUGAUAUUAGAAAACUGAUAUGAUCUUUCAUGCUUCUAAUACAGAGUUGAGAGAUACAUCAGCACUUUUCAGAGAUUUUUUUGGGCGGCGAUCAUAAUUUCACUUUCCCAACUAUCGUAAGUGGGAUGUUUUCAAACAUAUAAAGGAUUUAGAGGAGUUCAUGGUGGUUUAUUAUGUGAGAUGACGCUGUAAUGUUGUCUUUGUCUCAUCUCAUCUCCUCAUUUCAGAGCUCUUCAUCUUUGCUGGGGUUAAUUAACGCUGAAAUUAUCAUAUGUUAUCUGCUAUUUACUAUGUUCCCACGGUGUUUUUUGAUGAUGGAUGAUAGACAGCUCAAAGGUGUGAUUAUGUUCUUGUCUGCUCUUGAACUAAAUGUGAGGUUCUUGUUACACUAUACAUCAGUAUGAAUGAAACCUCAACUGACCCAGUCAUUCUACAACAUGUACAGUGUUUCAGCCAAAAUUCAUUAACUGAUGCCAAAUCAUUCGUGCUGAAAAUAAUGAAAGGAGGGUCGGUUCUGGGUGACGAGAGUGAGCUUGAUUGCAUUUCUCAAUUUAACACUCUUCAAUAUUCAAUUUAAAGAUAUUGACCAGCACAAAUUUCAGUCACAGUAUGAAAAACAAGAAUUAGAGUUUGUGUGUUAAAACUGUAGGUGAAACUUUUGAACAAAUUGUUCUAGGACAUGAAGGCCACUGGCUGACAAGUAACACCAGAAAUUUGUUGAGAAGCUCCUAGAAUCUAUAAAAAAGGUAUUUAAUCGGGUUUAAUAAACCCAGGCCUUCCCACGUGACCUAGGGCCCCUUUGUCCAAUCAGAUUUGAGCUAGAGGAUUUCUUAGAAGAUUAUUAGUAGUUAUUAUUUUCAUGCCCCCUUCUGGAGCAACAGUAUUAAGAGGCAUGAUUUGCACCUUUAUCAUAAUGCAAAAUUUAUAAACAUUAUAAUUUUCCACAAGGAAUAGAAUAAUGAAUGCGUGCUAUGGGUUGUUUGUGGCAUGUGAGAGGGCCAUGUGAUUGUGUGACUACAGACAAAUGUUGCUUAAUGUGUGUUAU